ACAAACUGCACGCGUGUCGGUCAGGGAGGUUGGUCUCUGACGUGACACAAGAAUGAGAUUACAGUCAGAUCAAGAGAGUAACACACUGUCCUUCAUCUCUUUCUCAUUCCUCGCUAUAAUUGUUAUCACCAGAUGCAGAGAUGCGCGUGCUCUUCUUAGCUUGCUUAAGUCCCAAAACAGGAAACUGUACCACUGCCGAAAGAAUAAGAAAUCACAUCGUGGCUGCAGGGCACAUUUGUGUACUUUGUGAUACAAAAGAGUUGGGCUCCGCCUCUAAUAUGACGUCCCUGAUAACGCAAGAGCCAGGAUUCGAUGCUGCGCUGGCCAUUCAUCUUUUCAAAGGAGGCAGGCAUCUAUUAGAUACCGGAGUGCCGUUCGGCGUGGUGUUUGGAGGGACGGACGUCAACGAGGACGUGAAGGAUGACCACAAGCGAGCUGUUAUGAAGAGAGUUUUGGAGAAAGCCAGGUUUGCUGUGGCGUUCACUGAGAAAUUGAAAGAGCAUGCUGAAACGCUUUUGGCAUGUGAGAGCAAGAAGAUCUGUGUCCAGCCUCAAGGGAUUGAGACCACAGUGGCAUCACAUUUCAGCUGGAGAGAUUUUUUACACAAUACAGGUGUGAGUACUGAGAAGCUGGAAGAUCUACGAGUGUUUCUGUUGGUAUGUGGACUCAGACGAGUUAAGGAUCCUCUGUAUCUACUAGAAGCAUUUUCAGAAUGGCACAUUCAAAACCCCAUGGUGAUCCUCAUCAUCAUCGGUCCAAAGAUAGAUCCAGUGUUUACUGCAGAGGUUGAGGAAAGUGUUAAGAGAUCUGUUGGAGUGUUUCUAGCAGCUGAAUUGAGUAAAGAGGAGCUGCAUGCUGCCAUGCAGAAAUCCUUUGCUCUGGUAAACUCCUCUCUCUCUGAGGGAAUGUCUGCUGCUAUAUUAGAGGCAAUGGAUUUAGGUUUGCCUGUUUUAGCGAGGGAUAUUCCAGGAAACACUGCCAUAAUAAAACAUGAGGUCACAGGUCUGCUGUACUCCACCCCUCAGGAAUUUGUAAGCAUGUCUAAGCAACUUCUGAAUGAUCGAGAGCUCCAGGAAAGAAUGGUGAGAAAUGGCAAGAAUUACAUUAAAACACAUCACAACCUCAUGAAGGAGAGAAUCACCUAUCAGCAGCUACUGGAGUCUCUUCAUUGACAGCACGAUGGGAUCAAUGUUUGUCUCAGGUCUUUUUAUUCAAGUCUUUGCAACACUUGAGAAUGGGAUCUCAGUUAUCUUAGUAGAGAUUAUGAGUGGACAAUUGCAUUUUAGCUGGAAAUGCAAACCUUAACCAAGACUGCCAAGACAAAGAUGACGUUUGUCUCUGAAUCGGAUAAACAGGGAAAGUGGUUGUGGGUUACAGGAAUGGUUGUGUAAGUUUAUUUAUGUUGCACCAGUAAUGAAAGGGACAAAACUGUUACUGUACAUUUACUCUAGUAAAAAGUAAAUAUUUAAGAAUGGUAAAUGAGUAGGAUAUUAUCAAUGAUAUUUAUAAGGCCAGAUCAGAAGUACAAAGGGAAGCACCACUGGUUACAUAAACACCAGGAUCUAUUUAAUGUCCAGUGAUUCAUUUGCCAAAAGUGGUACUUUUAAUUUUGUCUUUUAAUGUUUCUAUAUACUGUAAAUACAGCUGGUAUUUGUCAUUAUUGACCUUUUGUUGACUGAACCUCAAAAUCUUUGAAAACAGAUUAUUACUAUUAAAAAAAACUAAAUAAGGGAGCGUUAUAAUUUUAUUUGCUGUAUAAACAAUUUUUAAUAUUUACAUUUUGGUUUGUUCUGCUUAAACAAAUUGUAUCAUUUUUCAACCUGGAAUGUUUUUUUUUUGUGUAGGGAUUGAGGUCAAGAGAUACGUUUGUUUCAAGGUUUGGCUAUAAUCUAUAAAUAUUUAUUCUGUUAAAUGCUAAUUACGACUUUGUCUUUACAUCUUAAGCAAAAAUGUCUUUAGCAAGAAUGACUGUAUCUCCAUUUGUUUUAAUUGUAUAUAUGGCACAGGCACAAUGCAAUGAAAUGUAAACUUUUGUAUAAAAACACUAUUUUUAUUUGCUAA